AAAAGCUCACCUCAUGGAAAGCUAGGACUCUCUCUAGCAGGGAGAGUUACUCUUGAUCAAUCUGUUCUCAAUGCUAUUCCCACGUAUGCUAUGCAAGCAACCUCCAUUCCCAUGUCUGUUUGUGAUGAUAUUGAUAGGAGAAUUAGGAGCUUUAUUUGGGGAUCCAUGGAUGGCAAAAGGAAACCUCAUCUGGUCUCCUGGGAUAAGAUUUGCAUGCCAAAGAAAUAAGGGGGACUUGGACUUAGAUCAGCUCGCUGUUUAAACAAAGUUUACAUGAUUAAACUUGCUUGGCAAUUGUUUAACAAAGAAUCUGAUCUUUGGGUUCAGGUGCUACAGGGGAAGUAUUACAAGCAUAGGGAUGGGAACAUUAUUGCUAUGAAGAAGACUAACCACUCUAGUCUUUGGAAAGCUGUGGUGAAAGUUAUGCCUAUGAUGAAAGAAGCUUCUUGCUGGAGUAUUAGGAAUGGGGAGACAACAAGAUUCUGGAGACACCCUUGGAUCGAGAAUGGACUAAUCCUAGAGGACUACUUGAUCAAAGAAAUCACAAAAGAGGAAAGGAGUCUCUUGUGUCUCACUGGGUUACGGAAGGAGUUGAGUGGAAUUGGGAAAGGCUUAAAAUCCUCCUCCCUGAUGACAUCCUCUUGCUAAUUACAGGAAUGGAGAAACCAAAUGCAGAACCGGGGGAUGAUAAGAUGAUAUGGGGAUUGGAGUGGGAUGGAAGAUUCAGACUCAAGUCUGCUUACAACUUUGCUGCUAACCUGGAGGAAGAAGAAGAUGCUGAGGAGGGCAAUUGGAAAGCGCUGUGGAGGUGGAAAGGCCCUAAUAGAAUCAAGCACUUCCUGUGGCUUGUUCUCCACGGCAGAGUCUUCACCAACAAGGAACGUGCAAGAAGGAACAUCACCACUAAUAGCAACUGCAACCACUGCAAAGACUGUGAAGAAUCAAUUGAGCAUAUUUUCAGGGGAUGCGAGAAGGCAAAAAAUUUGUGGGAAACAUUUCGCUGCAAGCUGACAACAACUGAUGCUAACAAAUCGUUCUAGGAGUGGCUUCUCUCUAAUCUUCUCCAUGAUGAAAAGGGAGUCGAUUUCGGAGUCAUAUGCUGGAACCUGUGGAAGCAAAGGAACGAGGAAGUGAUGGAAGGAAGAACUUUCAAUGAAGCUGGACUUAACAUCAUUAAGCAAGCUCAAAAAAGGGAUGAAGAGGAAGGAUGCAGACCAAGUAGGCAUUCCAGAACUGAUCAGUUCACCUGGAAGCCACCUGAGGUCGAUUGGAUUAAGCUUCAAGCCGUGGAUCUGUCAUCACUCCGCCAGGAAAUGCUGCAUGAGGAGGCCUUUUGAAGGAUCACUUUGGGAGGUUCUUGGAUGCCUUCACUUGUAAUCUGGGCAGCUGCACAAUCACAGGGGCUGAACUUAAAGGAGCAGCUGAAGGGUUACAAAUUGCUUGGGAGAGAGGUUUCAGGAAAGUCCAACUGAAUAUGGACUCCACUGCCACAAUCGAGAUCAUCAAAAAUUGCAAUGAUGAUGACCAUCGCCAUGGCAUUCUUGCUAGGCAAUUCCAUGUUUUGCUUAAUAGAGAUUGGGAUGUUAG